CCCAGUUUCCUGAAGAUUCAGAUGAAUGGAUUCCUGUUCACCCAAGGUUACUGAGUGUUCCAGAAAUAGCCCAUAUUCUUGCACAGAUUUGGCAGAGUUUUCUUUCAUUCUGUCAUAAAUGUCGUCUGCUUAGAAGGAACAAUUAUAAAAAAUUUAAUAUCUGCAGUGCAGUAUUCUUCCUGUGCCUGUUACUGUUUGCUCAAUAUGUGUCGGACAUCGUGUUAUCUUAUGUGUUUGUGAUGAGCAUUAUGCUGUGGCCGGGUGUGAUCUAUCACAACCUGCUGAAGAAAGCCUAUCUGAAAAUGGAGCCUGGGUUCAUGUGGCUCGACUACCACCUCAAACAGCAGAUGAACAAGGCUAUGCCAGUACUGACGCGGAGGGCAAGGUCAGAUGAUGAAGUUACAGCGUCUAGGGUUUCCAUGGAUGAUGACGAUGACUUCUGUCCGUCUAUGAAUCCCGAGACAAUCGCGCUGCUGGCUCGGGCAAUCACAGACAGCGAGGACGAGAGUGGGACACCCUCUCUUCCCACACCAGGAGCGUCGAACCAGCCAUCACUGGAAAACAGUGACAGUGAGGAAAUGACCAACUUCAACUUGCCUAUUGACAGAAUGCCAUCGUACGAUGACCUGGACCAGACUGAUGAUGACAUGGAUGAACCCGAAACCAAGUCAAGCAGGAUGAAUUACACUCCUUCGCACUUCAUCGACGGGUCCGAUUACUCCGACUCGGACGACGAGGACACCCUCUCCAAGGACCUGGCCUUCCCCGAAAUAUCGGAAAUCCAGGGAGGAGAGAGUCCCUCACAUUCUAACGCACUGUCGAAUCUGACGAGCAAUCUCGUUAGUCAGACGCUGACCUCCAUGAUGCAGUCGGCCUUGCAUCGAGUCACCAACAUGGGCGACCUCUCAUCGCCGGCCUCGUCCAGCCGGCGGAUUGGGGCGCACUCUCGCAUCACGUACACGAAGACUGAGAGAGGCGAGUCGCUAGACCUGCUGGAUCAGGAGUUGGAGGACACCAUCGAGGAAGAGGAUGAAACGGUCGGGGCUGAAGCAGAAAUAGAAAAAGAUUUUGAUUUUUUAGAAGAUUUUGAUCGUGGAGAUUCAAGCAGUUAGGUUGAUAGAAACAUUUUUUUAUUGCAGUUAGAUGUCGAUGAAGAUGUCUAAUUUGUAAGACAGUUAAAAGCAUUGUUUUUAAAUCUCAGAUCAGUAGACUGACGUUGAGGAAGAGGAUGAAAGUGUUGGAGCUCAAGCAGAAAUAGAAAAAAGAUUUAAAUUUUUUACACAAAUUUUGAUCCAGGAGAUUCAAGCAGUUAGACUGAUUGAAACAUAAUUGUGUAUUGCGGUUAGAUGUCAGGGAUGAUGUCUAAUUUGUAAGAUAGUUAAAAGCAUUGUUUUGAAAUCUCUGAUCAGUAGACUGAUGUUAAUAUUUCUAGAAGUGUUUUCGCUGGUCCAUGUGGGAUUAAAUGAAAGACAAAUGUAGAGGACUAUAAUAAGACAAACAUGGUUGGAAUCAUAAAGGCAUCAGUUUAGGAAGGAAGUCAACAGGUACUUGACUACAAACAGGUUUGGAAACACUGCUCAGAUUAGUGGAAAGAGAAACCAAGACAAAUAUAAUGGAUGAAAAUGGAUGGAGUCUUAAAGACGUCAGUUUAAGAAGGAAGCCAGCUGGUAUUGGCAGCAAAAAGGUUGAGAUACAUCGAGCAGAAAGGCACACAUUUUUUCAGGUCCUAAUAUAAAUAUUUAUAUCAUUCAGAUAUUCUGACUAUUUAUUUUUGUGUGAAAUAUAGAUAUUUUUUUUUUUACAAAAGAAACAAUCCAGUGAAAAUAUAAAUUUUUAAGAUUUCAUAUGUACACAAUGUAGUAUUUUUCUUAAAUCAAAAUAUAAUGUUCCUUUCACCACGUACCCCAUCUAUAAUAUGUAAAAUGACACGAGCUCCGUGAUUUGUUUUGUCUUGAGUUUUGGGGGAUUCUAAGGUUAACAGUAACAAUAAAAAUAAAUGAUUCUGUUAAAUUACAGCUACUUUUUUUUUAAUAAUAAUUUUUUUUCUUUUUAAUUACAGCUGCUUUAAUAUGUAAUCUUCAAAAUUAAACUACAAAUCAUUUCAUGGGGUGAUUUAUAAAACAUAUGUUAUUGUGAUUUGAUUAGGAUCUAAUAAUUGUGAUUCCUUCACAGUUAGUAUAUUGUAAUUUUAUGACUAAACGUUUUAUUUUUUAGCUUUCUUACAUAUGCUACAGUUCAUUACUGCAGUUCACCAUGAUGAUUCAUUUAGUGGUGUACUAGUAAACAUUGGGUAAAUUAGAACAGAUUCUAUAGAUAUAAUAUUGUAAAUAGAAUACCUGACAGUGUAUGUUAUUUUUAUUAUUAUUACACAUUUAAAAUUUUUUUUUUUUAAAUUAACUAACAUUAACAAAGUGAUUUCUUUUAGCUGUUUUUAACUAUAUUUAAGCUAUGUUAAUUAUUGCACUUUAUAAGUUUUAUUUUACACACGUUUUAGUUAUUAUAUUUAAUAUCAGUUGCUUAUUGUUUUAUGCUGCAUUGGAUGGGAACAAUUAGUGUCCAUAUUCUGCCCCUUAUUUUUCUACAAGAUAUGUGUAACCUUGAAAUAGCUUUUUCAUCUAUAUUUUCCGCCAUCAACAUACACUCGGUGGCGUAGCAUGGGUAGUUUUUGUUGAAUAAUAUUAAUAAUCUGUAGGUUCAUUUCAGGUUACUAUAACUGUGGAUACGUGAGACUGUGGAGUUUCACUACUAGUUAUCUAAAUUAUUUUAGAGUUACGCUUCUUUAAUACAUUUUGAAUGUCGUCUCACUACCACAUAACUUAAUAAAAUCAGUGCAUUUAUUUCUUUAUUAUUCAAGUAUAUUUUUUAUAUGUAUCUUAAAUAUUCUUCGAAUCCUGUCCAUUGAUAUUAAAUUUUUUUGUGAUUGAAAAUUUUAAUAAAAUCAGGCAGUAUUUUUCAAAUUUUAACUAACAUAUUUGUUGUAAUAAUCACUUCCUGAAUUUUUAUUUAAUUUUUUUUUGCUGUGUUCACAAAUAACUUCUAAAUUUGUUGUUAAUCUGAAAUGAAAUGUGUAAAGAUAGAACUACAUAUGUGUCAUUGUAGAAAACAAUUACCAAUAUUAGCAAAUACAGUAUCUAAAGAAUAAAUAUGAAAACCCUUAAAUACAUGUAUUAAGUAAAUUUAAUAUGUAUUAAAAUCUCAUUGACAACAUCUGUUAUUUUGCAUUUUCGAAUCUUUUGUGCAGCAUCAUUCAAAAGGCUGAAAAAGGUGCUGUUACAAUAAAUAGAAAUUAUGAUUUAUUAAAAUGUUUCAGCAUACAGUGAAUUAUUUACUAAUUUAUCGCCAAUUAUAUAUUAAAUAUUACACAGGCAAUUAUAGCAAUUCUGUGUCACGUUAGUGCAAUAUCAUUGAUAUUAAUAAUACAGAAAAUAACUAAAUAAAUAUAAUCAGGUAAUAAAUUUCAAUUUGUGGUACACUUGAAUAGCCAGAUGGGAUUCCUGUGUUGUAAAUUUAUACUGUAAAGCAGGGUUGGGGAAAUGUGUGUGUAUAAAGUUUGCAUUGUCCACAUCCACCCCCGUCACAAUAUUUAUAUGCACAUAUAUUAUUUAUAUGCACAUAUAUUAUUUAUAUGCACAUAUAUUCAUCGCAGAUACUAAUGAUUGCUUGUGAAAUUUAUGUUGCAAACAUUCACACAGGUGUGUGUAAAAAUGUGAGAAAGAAAAAUAUGUCACAAUAUUAAUUUGGUUUAUGCUAUCAAUAACCCCGAACCACACUUGCUGUUUUGUAAUAGUCAUGUAAAAUUUUGCAACAGAAACCAUUCAGUUAAUUACUUUGGUUUUUUUGUGCUAGUAAUUAAUUAUGACUUGUCAUGUGUUAUUUUUGUUUCACUACAUGUAUUUAAGAAAAAAACAUGUCAUAUGAGUUUGUUACACUGGACUAAGCAGUAUGUUAUUACUUCUUGAUGAUAGUGACAAAAAGGAAUUAACUCCUGUUAGUAUAUUCCUUUUGAAAUGGCUCCACAAGGUCUGUAUGUGCAUACAUGUAGAAACAUGCAUCGUCUGUGGAGUAUGGUAUCAAUAGUUGUUUGAUAUUUGUAUAUUAUUAUGAGAAAAAUGUAAUGGAUAAAUCAGUACAUAUCACAUGGCAGAGGAACACAAAUAAGUAACAGCCUGGCAAACAUAAUUUUAUAAAAUAUGUUUGUUAAGUUUUUUAAGUUUUUAAUUCAGUACAGAUGAAAAGUUUCCAUCACUCUAAAUAAAAGAUUGCAAGUUAAAAGACAAUUUAUUUUUUUAAGAAACUUCCAGUAAUAAGUCACACAAUAAGACAUCGUUUCUGGGUUUUUUGGUCCUUAAGUUUAUAAGCAGGGCUUCUAGAUUAUGAUAGCUCCAAUCCCAUGGCUAGUGAUAGUCAAUGUUGGGCUAGUAAAUAACUACUAUUGCCAUGCCCGACGGCUAGUGAAAAAAAAAGUUGUUAAAU